AUGGUUCCCACUUCCAGAGGAUGUGUUACGAUAGCGUCGGCCGAUGCAAGGACUCCACCUCUCAUCGAUCCUAAUUAUUAUUCGACUGAAGUUGAUCGUGCAAUCCUUCGAGCCGCCAUUCGACAGACAACCCAUGUUCUCUCUGAGACACCUGAAGGUAAAGAGAUGAUCGAAUGUGAGGCUCCGCAUCCUGGAUUUUUUCCUCUAAGACCCGAUUCUACCGACGAAGAAAUCGACGCCCAGGUGAAGCAAGGAGGAAACACAUUCUAUCAUCCAGCUGGCUCUGCGUCAAUGGGAAGCGUAGUGGAUACUGAGCUCCGGGUGAAAGGUGUUGGGAAUCUUAGAAUUGUGGAUGCUAGUAUUAUACCUUUGCCAAUAACAGCACACUACGAAGCAGUUGUAUAUGCAAUUGCAGAAAAGGCAGCAGACAGUAUAUCUAAAUAUGUCAAAUAUAUUGGUGGGGGGAAGAGUCUAAGGAAUGCUGCCAUUUAG